AUGGGUUCAAUUCUGCGAUUUCGAAAGCUGUGUGUUCUGGAGCCUGCGAAAUGUGGUGAAUUAUAUGAAAAAAAGGCACAAAUUAAGUUAGAUAAUGAGAAGAAAUCGUUUGAAAUCCCCAAAAUUGAGAAAAAUGACAAGGGUUUAUCAGAAGAGAAGAAGAGAAAAAGGCGGCCUAACAAGGAAUGGAGAUGCAUAGAUUCCUGCUGUUGGGCAAUUGGUUACAUUUGCACUAUUUGGUGGCUCCUCUUGUUUCUGUUCAAUUGUUUGCCUGCAAAUUUGCCUGGACUUAAGGUGCCCGAACCACCAGGGAUGAGGCUCAAGCGCGAAGGAUUGGUGGCUCUCCACCCAGUUGUGAUGGUGCCUGGCAUUGUCACCGGAGGACUUGAGCUCUGGGAGGGCAGACCGUGUUCAGAGGGCCUUUUUCGCAGGCGGCUUUGGGGAGGUAGCUUUACUGAAAUUUUGAGGAGGCCUAUGUGUUGGUUGGAGCAUCUAUCUUUGGACAAUGAGACGGGGCUCGAUCCACCGGGCAUUAGGGUUCGUGCGGUUCCGGGACUAGUUGCAGCUGAUUAUUUUGCUCCGGGAUUUUUUGUUUGGGCUAUUCUUAUUGAAAAUUUAGCCCGCAUAGGCUACGAGGGCAAGAACAUUUACAUGGCUGCAUAUGAUUGGAGGCUAUCUUUUCAGAAUACAGAGGUAAAUUUUGCAAAAAGAGGAUAUACAUUUUUUGCCUUUGAUGGAUCAUCUUAUUAA